AUGCCAAGUGCACACAUUUGCCUUAGUUUUUUUAUCUUAUCAUUAAUAUUAAGAAAUUGUACUACAACUUCCAGAGUAGAUCCUCUAGUAAACACAGAUUUGGGAUUAAUAAGAGGAGUAAGAGCUGCAGAUGGCGAUUACUCUAUGUUCUUGGGCAUUCCCUAUGCCAAAGUAAAUGCAUCUAAUCCAUUUGGGGCAGCUAUACCACAGACACCUUUUAACAGCGUAUACGAUGCCAACGACGACUCCACAAUAUGCCCGCAAAUAGAAGAAUUUAAUAAUACUGUUGUAGGAUCACUUGACUGUUUACACCUAAACGUUUACGUUCCUACUGCAGCUAACUUCAUGAACAAGGUUCCGGUUUUAGUGUGGAUACAUGGCGGAGGUUUUAGCUAUGGAUACGCAGGACGAUAUGUGUAUGGACCAAAAUUUAUAGUUCGACAUAACGUUAUUCUUGUAACACUGAAUUAUAGGCUAGGACCGUAUGGAUUCAUGUGCCUCGAUACUGCAGAAAAUCCUGGAAACACAGGUCUCAAAGAUCAACUUCUAGCUCUAAGAUGGAUCAAAAGUAAUAUAGAAACAUUUGGGGGUGACUCAAAUAAAAUAACUUUGUUUGGAGAAAGUGCUGGAGCCAGAUCUGUAGAUUUUCACAUCCUUUCCUCCAGUGAAAAAUUAUUUGACAAAGUGAUUAUACAGAGUGGUACAUCACUUGGCCCUGUAUUUUCUGAACCUCAAAAAGAUGCUCCUCUGCUAUUAGUUAAGCACCUUGGUUCUACUACUGAUGAUAUAAAUGAAGCUCUGUCAUUAUUGACAUCAAUCGACACAAAUGAAGUAAUUAAUGCAGCUAAUGAUUUAGGCCUCAGUUUCAUGCCAUGUGUUGAAAAACAGUUUGAAGGAGUUGAAGGUUUUCUUACAGAAAACUGGCUUAUAGAAAAAACACCUAAAGUAAGAAGAAUGCCCAUUCUUAUUGGAUUUAAUAACGACGAGAGGCUCGGGGUAUACAUAAAUCAACCCACGUCAUAUUUCGAAAAUUUGAAUAUAUUUUUAAAUAAAUUGUACAUGCAUUUUGAUGUAGAUAGUUCUGAAUUUUCUGGAAUGAGAGAAGCCGUUUAUCGAUUCUAUAUUGGUGAUAAUGAUAUCAGUGAACGUGUUAAAUACCAUAUUGCAGAUUUUGAUUCAGAUUAUAUGUACUAUCAUCCGACUUACAGGAGCAUUUCUAGGUAUCUUGCAAAUGAAGCUGCUAAUAUUUACCAAUAUGUGUUUUCAUAUAACGGCGAUAGAAAUUUUGGCAAGAAAAAUUUAAAUAUUACUGAUGAUGUCGUUGGAGCUGUGCACGCUGAUGAAAUAAGUUAUUUGUUUGAUAGUUUUUAUUAUGUAAAACCCCCGUCUGCUGAUGAUCAAUUGAUUAUAGAUCGCAUAACAACACUAUGGACCAAUUUCGCCAAAUACGGGAACCCAACACCAGAUGCAACAGAAUUACUGCCAGUUAUAUGGACACCUAUCACAAAGAAUUCGUUACACCACUAUCUAGAUAUAAACUCGGAAUUGUACAUGGGCGUUAGACCGUUCCACAAAAGAAUGGCGUUUUGGGACCUGUUCUACCGAGCUAACGAAAACUUGCAAAGAAUUUACCCAGGAAGUGGAUAG